GUCCGAAAUGGGAUAGUAAAUUUUACCUGCGUUGCUAUGUUUUAAUGUGAACUUGAAACAUUGGUAAUGAAGCAUUUUUGAUAUUUGUUCCUUAGAAAUAUCAACACCACUCCCGUCUGUGCUGAGUUAAGUACCAACUCCAUUGGAAAGAAUGGAAAAGCACAACAAUGCCUGAGCCAAAGCCAUUUGAGCGUCUGCCAGAAAAUGUCAAGCCAAAAGUUAUAAUAAUCCAGCUUCUACCUCAAUUUCCUAGUUUAAGUUUGUUGGUAUUUCAUGGCUCAGAAGAAGUUGAAUUGGAAAUCAAGGAAGCAACCAAGCAGAUAAGAUUCAACUCUGUGGAUUUGACUCUACGAGAUGUCAAAGUUACACUGUCUUCAGGCGAGGUAUUGAUUCCAGAGUCCACUGAAAUUACUGCUGCUACAGAAAUGGUUGCCCUUACUUUUCAAGAAACACUUCCGAUUGGAACAGCUAAACUUAGUUUGGCAUUUGAUGGGGAAUUGAAUGACAAGAUGAAAGGAAUGUACCGUAGCAAGUACACCUCUGAGAGUGGUGAAGAUAGAUAUUCAGCAGUUACACAAUUUGAAGCAACAGAUGCCAGAAGAUGUUUUCCUUGCUGGGAUGAACCAGCACUUAAGGCCUGUUUUAAUAUGACACUUGUAGUUCCUCAUGACAGAGUGCCUCUUUCCAAUAUGCCAGAAAUCUCUAGGAGCCCUUGCGAGUCUGAUCCGAAUUUGCAAGUUGUAAAGUUUGCUCCCUCUCCUCUUAUGUCCACCUACUUGGUAGCAGUAGUUGUUGGAGAGUAUGAUUAUGUGGAAGAUAUGUCAGCAGAUGGUAUUAAGGUUCGUGUUUAUACACCAGUGGGUAAGAAAGAGCAAGGAAAAUUUGCUCUAGAAGUAGCCACUAAAGUCUUGCCGUACUACAAGGAAUAUUUCAACAUUGCAUAUCCUCUUCCAAAAAUGGAUCUCAUUGCUAUUGCAGAUUUUUCUGUUGGUGCCAUGGAAAACUGGGGUUUAGUCACGUAUCGUGAAACAUGCUUACUGGUUGAUCCACAUAAUACAAGUGCAAGCCAGCGACAAUGGAUUGCUCUGGUCGUUGGACAUGAACUGGCACAUCAGUGGUUUGGUAAUCUUGUAACCAUGGAGUGGUGGACUCAUUUAUGGUUAAAUGAAGGGUAUGCUACAUUUGUAGAAUUUUUGUGUGUUGAUCAUUUGUUCCCUGAAUAUGACAUCUGGACGCAAUUUGUAACUAAUACUUACAUUCGAGCUUUGGAAUUGGACUGUCUGAAAAAUUCACACCCCAUUGAAGUACCUGUAGGUCAUCCAUCAGAAGUUGAUGAAAUUUUUGAUGAUAUAUCAUACUCAAAGGGAGCGUCUGUCAUCCGAAUGCUGCAUUCUUACUUGGGAGACAAG